AUGUCUGCUGGAUGGAGACUGAUGUCUAUUCCUUUCGACGUUUUCUAUCAGAUCACCAUAUUGCUUGACAACCGUGACUUUAUCCACCUUAGUCGCACUAACAAAAUUAUCCAUGAAAGGAUGAAAAACGACGUCAUUGCGCGCAAAAUUAUUGAAGUAGGCAGGCAAAACGAAGCCGACCGAAUAAAGCUGACAACAAUCCAGAAUGACUUGUUCUAUAGCAAAGAGGGCCAAAUUGCCAUGGCCUCCCAGGCUGGAUACUACAAUGCUAUCAAUCACCGGUUUGACGUCCACGAAGCAAUUGCAACCGCAGCCCCCUAUUCGGUUACUGUCUUAGCCUAUGCGGCAGAUUUCCUUUAUCACAACGGCUUCUUGUGUUACCGAAUCGAAAAUGAGGUCCGGCUGCUUGAUUUGCAUGCCCGUGACUGUCACGAACGUGUGAUAAACCUGAAAAACCUUAUAUCAGACGAAGCGUUUGAAUUCGGUGGCCACUUAAGCGACAUAGACGACCCAUCAUCAUUAUGGAAGCUCGCCCACUAUGAUGAUGGAUUUUUGGUCUUUUGGCUAGAACGUAUGGGGAUACUAUUGGGAACCUAUUUAGAGCAUCCCGACGCGAUUCAACAAGGGCAACUAAAGCUUUUGGCAAUCGCACAAGGCACCGAAAAACUUUUCGUCCGGCAUAGCCGGUCCUACCUCUGGUACGGCACCUUUACAUUCCCAACCAACAAUGUGGGUGGUAUGUGGUCCGUGUGCGGCCAGGAUCUUAUGACACAGGAAGAAGUUGUGUUUUCCCUGGAUGGAGUUACUAGUUGCGAUAUCGGCGAGACAUUAUACUUCGAGAUGUACCAGGAACAUCUCUAUGCAAUCUCAAUAGAGGACGACGACAACAAUUCUUUCUAUCGUUGGUUUUGCUUUGCACCGCGCCAGGAACUCCAAAGAAGUGGUCGACUCUGGCGCCGUGAGCACCGUGAAGGGCCUUUGACUGAGAUAUGGACGGACCUCUCCAUACAAAUCGACGAAACGUUCGGACGGCCUGUCAUUCUCGAGUGCCGUCGCGAAUGGCUCUAUGGUAAUAACAGCGAGAACCAUCGUACGUUGUAUACACAACCGCUACCCACACCAGAAGAAACUCUUGCAGGAAUAUGCCCUCCACAUACGGAUUAUGUGCCGGAGGUUGGUAUUUCUACUCACGAGCCCACUGCGCAGCAUCUGAGUAAGCGAUUACCACGAUUUUACCACUCCGAGUUUGAGCGGGAGGAUGGUCCGAGACAGAGAAAGGAAUUUAUACGAGCUCACACCAAACACAGAAGCUAUCACCUCGGCGCAGCGACCUUUGUCGAUCUUGUAAUUGACCGAGACCGCCUACUACUGCGGACAGUUGCGCGGAAUCGCAAAUGCCCGAUCGACGAGGAAAAGGCUGAAGGGCCGAACGGGUUGCUAUUUCGCCCUACACAGAUGGAUGCGAAAGGUCGGUUCGUUGACGGUUCCGAAGAGCGUUUUGUCUCCCGCGGUGUGCAUAUGUGGCCUCCGGAUGACGCUUCAUCUACGCGUCAACACUUUCUACGCCAUCUGCUGCGUCCAGAACCGAGCGCUAUGCCUAUUCGUGCCGUCUCUGACGAACGGUCACUCCUCUACACUCUCCCAUGUCGGGAACUGCCCCCUAGUCAUUUUGCCCUGGUCCUUAUCAGCUUUGAUCCGACGAUUCAUUUCUCGAACCUGUCCUCUUUGAGGAGCUUGGAGGAGCCUGUCAUCCCGACGCCAAUAUUUCCCGUUCAAACCCCACGGUCUUCUGCUUGCAUCAUUCGAGAGGAAUCGGCUUUUUACCUUGGUAUUGAUCAUAGCUAUUGGUUGCGAUAA